AUGAUCUCCGGAGCUCUAGUUGCAGAUGCUAUUAUAGGAAAUUUGCAGGAGAAAGUUAUGAAGAAGUAUGGUGGAUCCAGUAAUGAAAUGGUUUUUUACUCUUAUUCCAUUGGUUCUGUAUAUAUUCUUGUGAUUACUAUCUUGACCGGUGAAUUCUUCGAGGCAUUUGAGUUCUUUCUAAAUAAUCCCUGGAAAACUUACGGAUACGGUUUGAUUUUCGGCUUUCUCGGAUAUCUUGGUGUGAACGUGGUCAUCACCCUCAUAAAGGUAUUGCUCAAAAAUAAGAGCAGAUGGGACGCGGAAUUGAAACGAGUUGCUGCGAAAGUCGUUCCGUUGUCGAAAACGACAGUGUUUGCGAAGGAUGAUUUAUUUAUGGUUUAG